UUUUAGGCUCAGAUACAGUCUUAAUCAGUAAAACUAGGAACUAUUUAAAAAAUAAUCGUUUUCUUAAAAAUUAAAAGAAAAAUGGCAGCAGGAAAAGGAGGCAAAGGAGGAAAGGGCGGCAAAGUCGGCCAAGGAAAGUCAAAGAAGGCUUCUAAGAGCAGAUCCGUUAGGGCAGGUCUUCAGUUCCCAGUCGGAAGAAUUCACAGAAUGUUGAAGAAGAGAGUCAGUGCAACUCAGAGAGUCGGAGCUACUGCAGCUGUAUACUCAGCUGCUAUCCUCGAGUAUCUCACAGCUGAAGUUCUUGAACUUGCAGGUAAUGCUUCAAAAGACUUGAGAGUAAAGAGAAUUACUCCAAGACAUCUCCAACUAGCCAUCAGAGGAGAUGAAGAGCUUGACUCACUCAUCAAGGCUACCAUUGCUGGUGGUGGUGUGAUCCCACACAUCCACAAGUCAUUGUUGACAAAGACUGGAAAGAAGUUUGAUAACAUUCAGAAGAAACUCUUCUAAUCGUUGAUAGAAUUCAAAUACGAUUCAGGAGUUAGAUUCCGUUAAUCAUUUGAAUCAUAAAAAUUUU